GGACGAGUCGCCGUAUCGAUUGAAUCCCACCCUUCAUGCGUCUUCCCGGACCGCCGAGAGUGUCGACUACUUCAGUACAACGUUCAGCUGGCUGACAGCCUCACGUACGCUCCACACAUAACCCUCGACGAUACGGCGUCUUCCCCCCGCGCAAUCCACACGAAGACCCCGAGAGUCGGCCGGGGUGUCGCUGCUAUCAGGCUGGGCAUUAUAGGCAGACAGGGAACACCGGUGGCAGUCAUGCGGAUCAGAACCCAAGAUGCAGCUGCGUGGAUGCGUGGCUAACUAUGUCCUCUGAUCCCACGAGCCUCGCGCGGCGACGCUUUAUAUGAAGGCGGGGCGAGGCGACGUGCUGCCCCCCUUCCAUCCUUCGCCUCUGUUGUGGACUCUCUAGCGGGUACGGCUCACCACUCGUUGGCUCAGUCGCAAUGUACAUCCCGGGCUUCUUCCCGAUGGCGAGCGCCCUGCUCAAUAGGACGCUGCACAGCGGCCUGCAGACCCCGGUCGUGGAGCAGGUCGCAGGCAAUUUGUGGGACAGCGCGAAUAAGAGUUGGGAGCUGGGUGUUAUGGCGGAAGCCCUGACCGAAUAUAACUGGGCUUCAUACUCCGUAUUUAGUGACGCCGCCUUCCCCCCGCCCGACACGCUCGACAACUCUUCUACCCUCGAAGAUGUGCUUGACAUCGUCAACAACGUCCUCGCGGUCAAAGAGCCCUACACGCUCACCCUCUUCGCGGACGAAUCUGCAGGUGAUCCCGCAAGUUUGGGCGUCGCGGUGCUUCUGGCGAACUGGACGCGCGGUGACAAGUCGGACAAUUCGUACUCCACCGCCGCUGCCGACCAGCUCUCGUACUUGCUGGACUACGCGCCGAAGACGGACGAUGGCGCGAUCUCGCAUAGGACGGACCAGGUGCAGUUAUGGGCAGACUCGGUUUACAUGGUGCCCCCUUUCCUCGCAUACUACGGUGCGCUGCAGGGUGGGGACGAGGGCACGAAGUUGCUGCAGAUGGCAUAUGAUCAGAUUCGUCUUUACCGCGACGCGCUGGUGGACGACGGCUUGUGGCGUCAUGUCAUCUACGGCGAGUGGGAAGACGACACGCAUUGGGCGACAGGCAAUGGCUGGGCCACGGCUGGCAUGUUGCGCGUCUUGCAGACCUUGAACCGCACGGAGCAAGCGGGGGACUUCGCCUCACAGCAAGCCGAUCUCGCUAGCUGGAUACGCGGGACCCUCGACGCGGUUUGGGAGUACCAGACUAGUAACGGCACGCUUCUAAACGUCGUGGACGACGGCACCUCCUUCGCCGACAGCGCCGGCACCGCCCUGCUCGCCUCCGUCACCUAUCGCAUGGCCGCCUUCGACGGCGACACCUCCCUGAACCGCGCCGCCAAUCGCGCGCUCUCGCUCGUCGAGUCGAGCAUGGACGAAGACGGUUGGCUCUUGAACGUCGUCGACCCGUACACCUUCAGCAGCCGCUUGGCGGACGGCGAGCACAGCCCGGAGGCGCAGGCCUUCGUGCUGCUCUUGCACUCGGCUUGGCGAGAUUAUGCGGCGCAGCUGAAGGAGCUGAAUGCGCGGCGGAGUUGGUGAUUAGGCCGCGCGUCAGGAACGUGCAUGAAGGGAUGCAUGCGAGGCGAUGAAUCACGAAUAUUUACGUCGGCACGUCAGGAUUGGCGGCCCACGCCAUUGGUGUAUUCUUGGUAUCUGGGUGGUGUAUCUCUAGAUAUUGUACUUGUAGAUCUUCUGUUCGUUGAGUAGAGGAAGAAUUUAUGGGCAUUUGUCGGUCAGUACCUA